AUGGACUGCAGCCUCGUGCGGACGCUCGUGCAGAGAUACUGUGCUGGAGAAGAGAACUGGGUCGACAACCGGACCAUAUACGUGGGACACAAGGAGCCCCCCCCAGGUGCUGACGCCUACAUUCCGCAGAGGUACCCAGAUAACAGAAUAGUCUCCGCCAAGUACACAUUUUGGAACUUCAUACCCAAGAACUUGUUUGAACAAUUCAGAAGAAUCGCCAACUUUUAUUUUCUUAUCAUAUUUCUGGUCCAGUUGAUUAUUGAUACACCCACAAGUCCAGUAACGAGUGGAUUGCCACUGUUCUUUGUCAUCACGGUCACAGCUAUCAAGCAGGGCUAUGAAGACUGGCUUCGCCAUAAAGCAGAUAACGCUAUGAACCAGUGCCCUGUUCAUUUCAUCCAGCAUGGCAAGUUGGUUCGGAAGCAGAGCCGAAAGCUGAGAGUUGGGGACAUCGUCUUGGUCAAGGAGGAUGAGACUUUCCCCUGUGACUUGAUCUUCCUCUCCAGCAGCCGUGCAGACGGGACCUGCCACGUGACAACCACCAGCUUAGAUGGAGAGUCGAGUCACAAAACAUAUUAUGCAGUUCAAGACACAAAGGGAUUUCAAACAGAAGAAGAAAUAGAUGGCCUCCAUGCUACCAUUGAGUGCGAGCAGCCCCAGCCCGACCUCUACAAGUUUGUGGGCCGCAUAAAUGUUUACAAUGAUCAGAAUGACCCCGUGGUGAGAUCAUUAGGAUCGGAAAAUGUGCUUCUUAGAGGAGCCACACUAAAGAACACUGAGAAGAUCUUCGGUGUUGCUAUUUAUACGGGCAUGGAAACCAAGAUGGCACUAAAUUAUCAAUCAAAAUCCCAGAAACGGUCCGCUGUAGAAAAGUCAAUGAAUGUGUUCCUCAUAGUGUACCUCUGCAUUCUCAUCAGCAAAGCGCUGAUAAAUACUGUCCUGAAAUACGUGUGGCAGAGUGAACCAUCCCGAGAUGAGCCGUGGUAUAAUCAGAGAACCGAAGCAGAAAGACAGAGGAACCUGUUUCUCAGGACGUUCACGGACUUCCUGGCCUUCAUGGUUCUGUUCAACUACAUCAUCCCCGUGUCCAUGUAUGUCACCGUGGAGAUGCAGAAGUUCCUUGGUUCCUAUUUCAUCACCUGGGACGAAGAGAUGUUUGACGAGGACUUGGGUGAAAGGCCUGUGGUCAACACCUCGGAUUUAAAUGAAGAGUUAGGACAGGUGGAGUACAUCUUCACCGACAAGACGGGCACUCUCACCGAGAACAACAUGGAGUUCAAGGAGUGCUGCAUCGAGGGCCACGUCUACGUGCCGCACGCCAUCUGCAACGGGCAGGUCCUCCCCGGCGCCACCGGCAUCGACAUGAUCGACUCCUCUCCAGGGGUCUGUGGGAGGGAGCGCGAAGAGCUGUUUUUCCGGGCCCUCUGCCUGUGCCACACCAUCCAGGUGAAGGAUGACUUUGACGACGUGGACGGCUCCAGGAAGUCACCUGACUCGGCGAAAUCCUGUGUGUACAUAUCGUCCUCCCCCGACGAGGUGGCCUUAGUGGAGGGUGUCCAGAGACUUGGUUUUACAUACCUGCGGCUAAGGGAUAACUACAUGGAGAUAUUAAACAGGGAUGAUCACAUUGAAAGGUUUGAAUUGCUGGAAGUUUUGAGUUUUGACUCAGUAAGAAGGAGAAUGAGUGUAAUUGUAAAAUCUGAUACAGAAGAAAUUUUUCUCUUCUGCAAAGGAGCAGAUUCUUCAAUAUUUCCCCGAGUCAUCGAAGGCAAAGUGGAUCAGAUCCGAGCCAGAGUGGAGCGCAAUGCUGUGGAGGGGCUUCGGACUCUGUGCGUCGCAUACAAAAGGCUCAGCGCAGAAGAAUAUGAAGGCAUUCGUAAAUUGCUAGAUACUUGCAAGAUGGCCCUUCAAGAUCGAGAUAAGAAAUUAGCAGAAGCCUAUGAACACAUAGAGAAAGAUCUUAUUCUGCUUGGUGCUACCGCCGUUGAGGAUCAGCUCCAGGAGAAAGCUGCUGACACCAUAGAAGCUCUGCAGAAGGCCGGCAUCAAAGUCUGGGUGCUCACCGGGGACAAGAUGGAGACGGCAGCAGCCACCUGCUAUGCCUGCAAACUCUUCAGGAGGAACACACAGCUGCUUGAACUCACCACCAAGAAAAUCGAGGAGCAGAGUUUACAUGAUGUCCUGUUUGAGCUGAGUAAAACGGUCCUGCGCCAGAAUGGCAGCUUAACCAGGGACAACCUCUCAGGACUUUCCACAGAUAUGCAAGACUAUGGUUUAAUUAUUGAUGGCGCUGCAUUGUCUUUAAUAAUGAAACCCCGAGAGGAUGGCAGCUCUAGCAACUACCGAGAACGGUUCCUUGAAAUCUGCCGCAACUGCAGCGCCGUGCUGUGCUGCCGGAUGGCCCCCCUGCAGAAGGCCCAGAUUGUUAAAUUAAUCAAAUUUUCAAAAGAGCACCCUAUUACAUUAGCCAUUGGUGAUGGCGCAAAUGAUGUCAGCAUGAUCCUGGAGGCCCAUGUGGGCAUAGGCGUCAUUGGAAAGGAAGGUCGUCAGGCUGCAAGGAACAGUGACUAUGCAAUACCUAAAUUUAAGCAUUUAAAGAAGAUGCUGCUCGUUCAUGGGCAUUUUUAUUACAUUAGGAUAUCUGAGCUUGUGCAAUACUUCUUUUAUAAGAAUGUCUGCUUCAUUUUCCCUCAGUUUUUAUACCAGUUCUUCUGUGGAUUUUCACAGCAGACGCUGUACGACACCACCUACCUGACACUGUACAACAUCAGUUUCACUUCCCUUCCGAUUCUCUUGUACAGCCUGAUGGAGCAGCACAUCAGCAUGGAGACACUCAAGAGGGACCCUACCCUCUACAGAGAUAUCUCCAAGAACGCUCUACUCCGCUGGCGAGCGUUCAUUUACUGGACAUUCUUAGGAGUAUUUGACGCUCUGGUAUUUUUCUUUGGUGCUUACUUCAUGUUUGAAAAUGCAACUGUGUCCAGCAAUGGGCAGAUAUUCGGAAACUGGACCUUUGGGACGCUGGUGUUCACUGUGAUGGUGUUUACGGUCACACUAAAGCUGGCAUUAGAUACACACUACUGGACUUGGAUAAACCACUUUGUCAUCUGGGGGUCGCUGCUAUUCUACGUUGUCUUUUCCCUCCUCUGGGGAGGGAUUGUCUGGCCAUUCCUCAAUUAUCAAAGGAUGUACUACGUGUUCAUACAGAUGUUAUCCAGUGGCCCUGCCUGGCUGGCCAUCAUCCUGCUCAUCACGAUUAGCCUCCUUCCUGAUGUUCUCAAGAAAGUCCUGUGCAGGCAUCUAUGGCCCAGCGCCACCGAGAGAGUCCAGAGCAUGCACACCCAGGGUCAGGACCACUCUGAAGUCAGCCGUUUUGUCUCUCUGCACAGCCCCCACACCUCAGCCUUCUGGCCGGGCUCCCGCUCCACACAGGUGACGUUACCGUGCCCGGAGAGCAAGGAGUGCUCGGCCCUCCCUCCCAUGGUCUGCGACUCAGACACCUGUCGCCUUCCCAGCGGGACACCCUGCUGCCACGGGGUCUCCGAGGAGGCAGGUGGCGAACAGAUCACCAGUUCGAGCCUUUAA